AUGGGGGGUGGAGAUGGUGAGGGAGGUGGAGGAGGGGGAGGAGGGGGAAGGGGAGGUUUUGGAGGAGGAGGUGGUGGAGGAGGGUGGUUACAAAGGAGAGGCAAAGGUGGGAAGCCCUUACGACUGUCACAAGGUCCACUGAUACAGGGAGCAGCAAGAGCGGGAGGGAGAGAUGUUGGUGGUGGAGAGGGUGGUGAUGUAGCUAUGGAGAUGGGACAGGGAGUCGUAGGUGGGGAAGAGGGGGACCUACGAGAUGUGGUAAUGGUAUGGCUGUAG